AAAGUGGGUCGUGGCGUUCAACUUGUUGGGGUUCGAAAAAGAAAAUCAGUCAUAAAAAACGUUUAAUUGAUAAUGCAUCAGUUAUGAAAGACUUCUCAAUCGCCGAUAAGCGUAUUAUUAUGGCAAACAAGAUCAUUAUUGGCAGCAUUGUGGCUUUACUAGCAUCUCCCUUGGUGUACGUGGAGGGCGAAAACACCUAUUGCGGAGAAGCAUUCGUGCCGUGUCCCCGGGCCGCCGGCUUCCAGUUUUUCAACCGAACCUGUUACGGCGUCAUUCGCGACUCCCUGGCGUUUGGCACCAACGAUUCCAACUUCAAGUGCGAGUCGGGCAUGCAUCUGAGCUUCACCGACCCGUCAAUGGACAGCCAGUACCUGAAGUCGGAGCAACUGAAGACCAUGGACCUGCGCAUUACCCCGGCCCGGGUUGCGAGUCUCAGCACACUGAGUGUGCUGAGUAAGCUGCGCCGUCAAGUGGUGUCAGAGCUCACAGAGAACACGCUGGUAGAUCUGGCCUGCAGAGAAGACUGCAGGUCUCCGGCCAGCUGGACGCCUGCCGGCAGUGCAGCCUACUCAACUAUGCGCAGCUGUGCCACCAUGGCAGCCUGCAACUGGCAGAGCGGGUCACGCACCGUCUGGGCACAGCCACCCGGCUCACCAGCGGCAAUCGAGCUCACGUCCGACGUUCCGGUGAAGUUAGCGCCCCGCAACGGCUCUCAUGUACACAUCCACAAGGACGCUGAGGACGACUACGUCGAGAUCGACGAGCAUGCUGACGUCGACGGCGACUUGGAGCCGCUCAACAACCGGCGGGCAGUGCUGGCGGGACACGGGGCGCUGAAAGAUGAGCCCGAGUCGAUCAGUCUGCACAGUGUGGCGUGUGAGCUUCCCUUCAGUACCACGGACGAUGAAAUUCAGAUGUUGAUACCGCUCGGUUUUGCCGUCGACGCCGACAUGGUGCUGUACGUUCAGCUGGUGCAAGACCUGUCCAUCGAGUCUGUGAACGGCAGUCGCACGGCCGUCCGAGUGACCUGGAAGCCGCCCCACUGCCCCGCGGCAGAGUUCUACGUCAGUGUGCACAUUGACGGCGAGAAGGGGACACCGAACAGGACACAGGUGCAGGCUGAGGACGUCUGUGACCAGGCGACCGAGAUCUGCCAGAUGGAGCUGAGUUUACCGCCGUGCUCGCUGGUGUAUAUCCAAGUGGGUGCGAUACUGAAAGGAGAAGACGCUGCUCCCGAUGUCGUCCAAUGGCAGACGCCGGCUCCGGAAGAUCCCUCUCCACCCGACUCCUUCUUCAUUUCUGAGGUCAGCGGCUCGGUGGUGACACUGACCUGGGAGAGAAAGAACGCCAACGAGCUCGGCCCCUGUCAGCCCUAUCACGUGAUCACCAUCAGAGGUCACGGAAAGGUCACCCUGAAGCCCGGGGUCAGCGAGCUCAAGGCCGACCUGGAUAGUUACUGCCAGCAUUUUGACGCAUCAGUGAGGGCGACUCUGCUGGGACGCACUAGCAAUGGUCGUGGGUCUCUUCACGGCGUUACUGGCCCCACAGCCCCGGACGCCGUUCACGUCCUAGACACGGCCCCCACCUGGGUCAUCCUGGAGUGGAGUCACGCGGCCGGAGAGUCCAGUCCGUGCGUCCAGGCCAAGUAUCGGGUCACCUGUCAGGCGCGGGCGACCGCGAGCGUGCCGGCUGUGUCUGUGACGUCGCCUGACAGAGCCCUGAACGUCACUGGACUGCUGCCGGGGGUCGGCUACCGGUGUGGAGUGUGUGCUCUGGCCAGUCUGAUGGACACGGCACCUGCAGACACAGCCCUAAUAAAGCCACCCUGUGGAGACAUCCGCUUUGUCAACCUAACAACGAACGAGACAGCCCCUGGAAAGCCACACGGCUUGAAUGUCACCGACACGGGUCAUACCAGCCUAACGUUGGAAUGGCACCGGCCACAGGAGCCCAACGGAGUCAUUAUCAGAUACAACAUCUCGGUCACAUGCGAGCCUCGCACGUUUCCGCUCUGCACUUCGGACCCUCUGUGUGUCGACCGCUGGUUCGAGCUGCCUCUGGAGGGUAGAGACAUCGACCACGUGACCGUCAUGGUGACAGGCCUGCAGGCAGCGCGACGGUACCACGUGACUGUGGCGGCCGCCACGGCCGUGGGCCAGGGACCGUUCUGUCGACCCGUCUCAGCCGACACUCGAGUGGGAGUGCCGCCGCCGCCAAGUCACGUGACUGUGACGCCACAAGUGAAGAGGAUACCCGGGUAUGCUGAACAGACUUCGGUGAGCGUAUCCCUCCGCCCACCGUGUCCCUAUCCAGGCAUGCACGACUACCGUCUGCAGUUUGAGAGAGUCGACUUCUUGGCCGGCUACCAGUCGACUGUCCGGGCAGCCAUGCUCAAACCCGACGAGAUCCGUCAGCUCUAUUCAGGGAAGCGCAACAUCACCUUCUCUGUAUUUGACGGCAAGUGGACGCCCGGCUUCAACUACCGGGUCCGCAUCGUGGCGCACACCGACAUCGCUGAUGAAGAGGGGACGGCUCAGGCGUCCAGUGGUCCCGUCAACUUUACCAUGACCGUACCACCUCCGGGCAUGGUUCGUCACCUGAAGGCCGACUGUUCGUCCCAGCCGCUGGGACUUUCAUUCAGCUGGGCCAACCCGACCAAGAACGCGUUCGGCAUCGUUAGCUACCGGAGCCAGUAUCAGUGCCAUCACCCUGUGACGGGUCACCAGGUGGUCAGCAAGUUCUGGCACAGCUGCCACCACACCCAGUGUCCGUGUGCCUCUUCCCAGGCCCGCUCCGACCAGUGCGGCGCCUGCGAGCGCGUCUGCAACUACCCGGUGAAGCGGUUCAACUUCAUGGGAGAGCGGACCUACUACUUCAACUGCACGUGCGAGCUGCGCUCGGCGACUGACGCACCCGUGAUGCCCGGGAGUGAGUGUCAGGUGACGGUUCAGGCGGAGUCGAAAUAUCUCCAGCAGCGCGGGGAAACAGCCCUGGCGGUGUGUCGGACGCCAGAGUACACGGCCAAGGUCACUGGCUUGACGGUCAGCUGCGAGGGUCACACGCUGACCUUGUCCUGGGACGUGCCGAGGCCUGUGGAGGUGCCCACCAAGGCGUACCAUGUGAAUGUCCAGCGGAGUACGAGAGAUACCGGUCAGAUGGAGAAGUUCGUCCAGGAAACGCUGGGAGAGAGCCAGUGUGACCAGAGCCGGUGCCGUGCCGCGUGGUCGGGCGUGGAGGGCGACAUCACCUACGUGAUUGAGGUAGCGGCCGAGUCUGUCUACUCCACACCGCAUGUCGGACCUGCCGCGAAGAGUCGCUGCCUGUCCCCGGCUCGAGUUCCGUCGCCUCCUCCUGAGAGCGUCCAGCAGCAGCUGGAGUCGCUGUCCGGCUGGCGAGAGGACCUGGACCCGUCCCGCCAGUACCUGCUGCGACUGCCGAGUCACAUGUAUGACGCAGCGGCGGGAAUUCUCAGGGAAGUUCGAGUGGUGGUUUACGAGCCCGGCGCCGCCACUAGCGACAUCAGCCCCCUUCCACCGCCGUCUGGCAACAUCACUCAGCUGCCCCAGGCGACCACCUGGCAACAGUUCGAGCUCAAUCGGACCAGUCAUUACCUGGCGUCGCCUCCCGCAUUCAUACCAGAUAGCGCCGCGACCGAACCCACAGAGUUUGUGUUGGGCGGUAACACAUCCUGCUCCAUCUCUACGACUCCUGGUGUGUCGGGGGACCCUCGCUGCAACGGUCCCCUCCAGCCCAACACAACAUACGCCGUCCAGCUGAUGUUCGUCAAUGACGCCGGAUUCGUCUCUUCCCGGCCCUUCAUAUUCCGCACCAAAUCUGUGCGAGAAGCCCAGCAAGAGGAGGCUGAGCGAACAAAAGCCGAGACGGAAAAGGCUGAGGCCGAGCGCGCAAAGGCAGAGGCCGAAGGCGAAAAGAGCGACGAAAAGCCUCCGGACAUCACAAUACAGCAGACCCAACCGAACGUCGACCCGUUGAGUGGUUCAGACGAUGGAUGGCGCGAGACGGUCGGGAAAGGUGACCGAUCUGGUGACCUCCCGAAGCAGCAGGCUCUCCCGGCCGGCACGGCGAGGAUGGGGGACGGAGAGGGUAUCCCCCCGGCCGACAAUGGGACCACUGAGGUGCCGACCAACGCCACCACGUCUGAGCCGGGCGUGGCGGUGGGCACGGCCGUGGGCGCGUCGGCGGGCGUGCUGGCGGCGCUGAGCUCCAUCUGUGCCGGCGCGCUGCUCUGGAGGCGGCGAUCCAGGGCAUCCGGUUCAUAGCUGCCGCCGGUUCAGAGUUAAUUGAUGUCUAUUUGGAUCAGCUUUGGCACUGCGGAUCGGAGGCAACACAACGGCAAGAAGCAUGGAUGGCGAAGCGAGAAAAGAAAGCUGUGUUGCAGAUAUGGGGAGCGCAAAUGUCUUGACACCUGAUAAGUCGACAGAGAGCUUGGACGAAGCGAUAACGACGAAUGUGAUACAAGCACGAUGCGAUCGAAUAUUCGUUUCUCGAGUGAGAAGACUUAACUGAUAGAAGUGAUAGCCCAGAGCCGUACGGUUGAGUGGUAUUAAUGUAUACGAAUACAUCUGCCUACAUGUCAGCCCUCCGACAGGUUAUCCAUAAACAGGCUGCUAUCAAUGAAGCCGUGCUCAAAUUGACGUAGUCAAACGUUUUAAAUGCAUUGAUUUCGGACGUACGGCUAGUUCAAAAGUCGCUUCCCUCAGUGCCUAUUUUCUGGUUAUUCGCAUAUUUCAUGGAAUCCAUUUGUGUGUCAAGAAUUAACAACAAAGCACAAAUCCAAGGCUAGGAUUCAUUUAGAAUGUUUCAUAAAAUGUAUUACAAAUGCAUUUAUCAUUCUAUGAGCUACAAUCUCGCUGGAAAAAAGAACUUAUCGUGUUCUCGUAAUGCCAUGGUUCAUGAGCAAAUGAUCAAAAAAUAAUAUAUUUUGAUUUACUUU